GAGAGAGAGAGAGAGAGAGAGGUUCCGAGCUCCUCACUUUCUGAGACCCAGACGGAGAGCAACUCCCCAGCGGGGAUACGAACUGAGCACACUCGGACUGGAGCAGAGCAGACUGGGGCUCCAGGAUUCAGCACCUUGGACAGCGACGCACCGCGGCUCUCACUCUCUGCGCAUCCGAGGGAAAGCGCACAGAGCCCGGGCACCCAUCAGCGACCCUCGCGGCCAGGACAUGGUGCACUCCUGCCUCUGCUCCUCAACGGGUCGCGAUGGGCUCUAGUCCUGUAGAGAAAUGCCCUUGACAGCAGUGAGCACAGAGUUGUUUUCAGCAUGACGGCGGCGCAGGAGACCGAGCAAGCAGGGGAAGAGUCGGUGUCGAAACUUAAAGACUAAACCGUCGCAUGUUUGAACACAGUUGAAGCGUGUUUGCCCAAACAUAAAGCUCAAUCAGUUCUCACAGGACCAUGGGGAUAAGGCACCUUUUGUUGCUGCUGAUAUACCUGGACCCUCUGAGCGUGCUGAGCGCCGCUACAGGCGGGAAGAAACCCAAGCAGGCGGCCAGGAAGGCUCCCAAAGCCACUGCGGUCCCCACGGUGGCCCCGCAGACGACCCCGAAGCCAGCGCCCGUCAGCAACCACGACACCUGCCUUGGGUACUACGAUGUCAGCGGGCAGUAUGACAAAAUGUUCGAGUGCAAUAACACGAACCACAGGUACUGCUGCGGCACGUGCUUCCUGCGCUUUUGCUGCGAGUACAAGAAGGACCGGCUGGAUCAGAAAGCCUGCACGAACUACAAGUCCCCGGACUGGGUGCAGCCGGCCGAUCCGUCCCCCAUCCCGACCGGGGAAACGUACGAUCCCAGCAUGGACCAGACCAGCACGGCGGUUUACAUCACCUGUGGGAUCAUAGCCUUCAUCAUAGUGCUCGGAGUGUCGGUCAAAGUGGCGUACGACAAAGCUACAGAGCCGCCUCAGGAGAUGAACAUACACAGGGCCCUCGCAGACAUCCUGAGGCAGCAGGGGCCCAUCCCCAUAUCGCAAUACGACUGUGAGAACUUUGCAGCGAUGAACGGCUCACCCAAAGACAACACACCAGUCAGAACCUCAUCCAAGAACCACUACACCCCGGUGCACGCCUCCAAAUCCAACCACGGUCUCCACUAUGGGAAGGAGAGCGUGCGCAGCAGUGGAGGCGCUGACCUUCACAACUUCAUCUCCUCGGGCUUUGUGACGCUGGGCCGAGGCCAUCCCAAAGGAGAAAAACAUUGGCCGGUCCGCUCCCAGAGUCACCAUGGUACUCAUCAGCACAACUAUAACCAUGUGGCUUUAGGUAGCCCCACACGCACACCUAAGCAUGCUCACCGAUCAUUGAGGCGUGAAAACAAUCGGAUUAGCGGCAUCCUGACGUCGCAGACGGAGCCCUAUGACCUGUCUUUCUCACGCUCCUUCCAGAGCCUGUCUCACCUACCGCCUUCGUACGAGGCGGCAGUCAAAGCCGACCUCAGCCGCUUCUCGUCCCUGAAGAAACUCACUGAUAAAGAAGUGGAGGACUACUACACUCGUAAGCGCCACCUGCCCGACCUGGCAGCAAGAGGCACGCUACCCUUGCAUGUUCUCAAAAUCACUCAAGACCAGCAGCAUCGGGAACAGCAGCAGCAGCUCCAAAGCCAACCCCCGCCGUCAUCCAUCUCUCAGGCCCCUCCCACAUCACAGUCUUCACAGCAGCAGUCGCAGCAGAGGCAGAGGCCCCGUCGAGUCCAGAGGGCCAUGUCCCAGGAUCGAGUCCUGUCCCCGCAGAGGGCCCCACAGCAGGACUACAGCACGUCCUCUAACGGGAUGUCCCCGUACGGAGGCAGGAUCCUCUCAGACGAACAGCUCCUGUCUGCUGAGCGCCUUCGAUCCCAGGAGCGUCUGCUUCCACAAGACCGCCACACCUCGCAAGACCGUCUGUACUCCAAGGACCGCAUGUACUCCAAGGACCGGCUCCUUUCGCAGGAACACCUGUACUCAAAGGACCGCCACUACUCUCAAGACCGCCUCUAUUCACAAGAUCGCCUGUACUCACAAGAUCGCCUCCUGUCCCAGGAUCCUCUGAUCUCGCCGGACAAGCUGAUGAGGUCGCUGAAGCGCGGCAUGGUCAGCAGCAUCUCCGGCGGCUUUCGUGGCAGCGACAUGUCGAUGUCGCGUGCCAUCUCGCACACAGACGUGUUCAUACCAACCACGCCUCUUAUGGAUCGCUACAAGAUGACCAAAAUGCACUCCCAUCCCAGUGCCUCCAACAAUGCUGGCGGUGGCGGCGGUGGCGGUGGAGGCGGAGGUGGGGCAACAGGAGGAGGGGGAAGCACGGCGCACACCAACACUUUAGGCAUGAACCAGACAUCCACUAAGAGGCAGGCGUUUGCCUCCAGACGGACUCAUACCGUGGAGCAGCUCCACUACAUCCCACAGCACCACCAGCAGCAGCAGCAGCAGCAGCAGCAGCAGCAGCAGCAGCCGCAGCCACAGCACUACCGCACAGGCAGCAAGACUGAGGUGACUGUUUAACGACAGGAAGGAACACUGUGUGUGCCGGGGGGGAUUGUGGGUACAUUGGCCUUCUUUUUAGAGUAGGACGUUGGCAAUUCCACUUUCUUUGACUGAUUCCAGGACCAAGAACAUCUUUAGCUAACUGUGAGAGACCGGACAAAGAGCUACACUGUACAAACACGGGCCCAGCGAGAUGUGAAGCCAGAGAGGGUCGAUGGCGGGGGAGGCGUGCUACUAUCCAGCUAACUUGCCUACUAUUAUUUCCACUGUCUUGAUUAUCUGAUUCAUCUAAGGGCUGCGGCCUCAUUCUGUGUAUGUUCUAGUGAGAAAACACUGAUUGUGUCUGUUCAAGCCUUUUCUCUGCCCCGCCCCCCUUUGUCCAACAAAUCUACUCUGUGACCUUUUCUGGCCAAUCUUAAAGGGCUUUGCAUGGUUAAACACAUAGACCGAUUCCUCCGUGACUUCUGUUGUGCCACACAACACCACCACAGGUGACGAACAGGAUGAGCCUGUAAUAACUUUAUAAAUAUAUAAAUAAAUGAACAACAAAAAAAAA